GACAGCUAGUCAGUCUACAUCAUUCAUUCAUUCCAACUUUUUCUAGUAGGGUACGUUUAGUUUUUUCGGUGUUCUUUUUUAAUUUGUGCGUAAAAGUUUAGCGGUUCAGUCCCAAUCUCAAAUGAAUAGCGAUCAGCAGCCAAAUGGUGGCGGUGAAGCACCCGCACCUCCCGCUUUACCGGCAUGGAUUGAGCCAUCAGUAUUUGAAUCCGUCAUUCGUGACAAAUUUCCAGACUUUAAGCAGAUUAAAGAUUUUAAAGCAAUUCCAGCAUUAGGAGCUGGUGAAAAUUAUGCAACGGUCAUGCUUCGCUUAAUUAUUGAAGUCGAGCUGAGGGAUGGUUCAUCUAAAAGCAUGUCGUAUAUGUUAAAGACAGCCCACGAUAGUGUAUACUUCAGACAGAUGAUGCAAUUUCACAAUGUAUUUGCCGUUGAAUCGGAUGUGUAUAGAGAGGUCCUUCCGGAAUUUGAAGAAAUGUACAGAGAGGCAGGAGUUGAAAUAAAAUUCGGUGCAAAUUCAUAUGACUUGACUGUGGAGGAGCCAUACAUAUUACUCGAGGAUCUUGCAACUCGAGGUUUUAAAAAUAUGAAUCGUUUGGAAGGUCUGGAUAUGGAACAUGUUCACGCUGUUCUCAGUAAAAUGGCGCAAUGGCAUGCUGCCUCUGCAGUUCGUGUGGCAAAUAAAGGACCAUAUAAGCAAACCUUGAGCAGUGGAUUUAUGAAAGAGGGAGCACGUGAAAUGAUGAAAGCAAUGUUCGAUGGCAUGUUUAAAAUAUUUCUACAAUGUGCCAAAUCAUUUGAAGGAUCUGAAGAGUAUUACGAGACUAUGAAUGCGAACAGCGACAAAUUGGUAGAUGACUUCAUCAAGCUGGCUGAGCAAGAGAAAAAGGAAUUUUGUGUUUUAAAUCACGGCGAUUGUUGGUCGAACAAUGUGAUGUUCCAGCACGACGCUUUUGGCAAAGUCAAAGAAACCUAUUUUGUGGAUUUUCAAGGACCCAGAUAUGGCUCGCCUGCCCAAGAUUUGUAUUAUUUCCUCCUGUCAUCGGCAAAAUAUGAAAUCAAAAUAAAGAAUUUUGAUCAUUUCAUUAAGUUCUACCAUGACUGUUUGGUGAGGAAUUUAACCCUCCUAAAUUAUUCACAAAAGGUGCCAACUUUAAGAGAUCUUCACAUUUUGUUGUACAAAAGUGGUCUAUGGGGUUAUUCAACAGUUACCGGAGUUAUGGGUGCGGUUCUCUUGGACCCUAAUGAAAACGCACAGAUGGAAAAUUUUUUCGCUGAUACCGAUGCUGGACAAUUAUUUAGAUUUCAAAUGUAUUCGGGUGCGAGAUAUCGCAAGCACGCAGAAAUGCUUCUACCAUGGUUGUACAAUAGGGGAGCCUUUUAAGAAGGCAUCUUACAAAACUGCUCAAGGGCAUAUUUGUAUGUGAAGGUUAAAGAAGAAAAAAUUAUAUUCUAUUUGCUGUUGAAAGAUGUAUAAAAUGUAAUGUAUACUAAACAUAUAAAAAAACGGAUUUGAUCGAAAACAGAGUCAAAUGUUUUAUUAAAUUAAACAA